AUGAGGCCCUCUAGAAUUGAGCAAGUUGUAUUUGCCUUGACUGUUGUUGGUCAACUCGUAAGCAGCCAGGCUGAUAUGAAGAGUGUUAGGAUAAGUAUGAACAAGAUAUGGCCCUUCGCGAACCCUACGGAGACUUAUCGUUAUUAUGAUCUGCCCUUUUGUAAACCGGAAGUUAUCGAGUCGGAGUGGAUGAGUUUCGGCCAGAUUCUGAAAGGGGACAGGCUAGUGAAUUCGAUAUACAGUGUUAACUACAGAGAGGAUGUGCCCAAGACAAAAGUCUGUCAGAAGACCUUCACGGAAGGGGAGAUUGAAAUUUUCCAGGCCGCUAUAGAGGACAGUUACAUGUUUGAAAUGUUCGUAAGUCGACGACGACGAUCACGUUUUCUCCAAAGGUUUAGAUAUCCUUGUUUAGGUCGAUAUUUCCUAUUGAACUACUUCGAGUUUACUAUGGGCUAUAAUGACGGCGUAGUGGUGUCGGUGAACAUGACAACAGACAUGGACUUGGAACAUGUAUUCGAGAUCACAGAAGUUGAUGCUAAAACCGGCGAGCUGGAGGUGCCCUUUUAUUAUUCAGUUAAAUGGGUUGAGUCGCCAAUCACUGCAUCGGAAGCCUUAGAGACCCAAAUGAAGGCGGCCUUGAUGUCAGGUGCCGAUCAGCCUAUUGAUAUACAAAUAUUAGCCAUCAUUAACUCCUUCGUCUUGAUCAUGCUAAUAUUGUCAUUGCUACUGCUGGUCAUCAUAAGGGUGGUCCGUUCGGACCUCUCACGUUAUCUGGCUAUACCUGAUGAGGAGUUGGCUGCAGUUGAAGAGGAGACUGGAUGGAAGCUGCUCUGUGCUGAUGUAUUCCGACCACCUGUACAUAGACUCUUCCUGUCGGCGGCAGUUGGUGCUGGUGCCCAGCUCCUGUUGGCUGCCGUCCUGGUGGUACUGGUCGGCUGCAUUGGCCUGUAUUAUCAGAGGGGUGCGGUCAUGACGGCUGGGAUCAUCUCCUAUCUUAUUACAGCGGCCUCAGGUGGAUACGUAUCAGCACGGCUAUACAACUCCCUGGGUGGAGAGAAGUGGGCUUGGAAUAUCUUCGUCACUGCUAUCGCCUUCAUGGGGCCAGCUUUUGGUAUAUGGAUGAUCCUCAAUACUGUUGCUAUUGCGCAUAAGUCUAUGAAGAGGAAGAGUGAAGCGGGGGGAAAUAUGUUCCCAUGCAAGACCAACAAGCUCGCCAGGGAGAUACCCUCCUGCCACUGGUAUCAGAGUUCUACCUGCCAGAUGAUAGCUGCAGGCUUCCUACCAUUCUCCGCUAUCUAUAUUGAGCUCCACUACAUCUUCAACUCGGUGGGGUUGGAUAUCCCACACGUGGGUGGCCGAGAGAUGGUAAUGUGUUUUGGUGCUAUGAAGACGGGUUAUGAGCUCAUCCAGAGCCGAAUUAUAAGGUCCUACCCUGGGUAG